AUGAAUUCGGCCGUGCCCCUCGAAAACCCUGACCAGUCGCUGACUGAUGGCUCAAAGUUGACGACGAUGGUGAACCAGCAGCUAACAUUCCUCACUCGUACCGACGAGCCGGGAUACAAUGUGGAACGCUCGGACAUCCUGCUGACGGCGGUUUCGAUAUUAAUGCGGCUGGCAAGCUUAGCCUUAACCGUGAUGCUGUCGUACCAGUACUACAAAACCGAACGGCUAAACUACUUCGCCCUGACCCUGGCUGCCCUUAUAGUGCCCGCUAUCAUCACGGCAUUGCUGAAUCUAUUAAUGUACUUGGAGGAUACGCGCCUUAAACGGUGUGCAACGCAACCUUGUCACAGCAUCUUACUGUGCGUCGUGUUGAUGCCAUUUUUGUGUCGUUACUUGCGGUCGUUCCGACUAUCGCACGCAUGCUAUCAAGCCAAAGCCCAAGGAGAUCAACUAGAACAGAAACGCCUGUACGAACAGCUGGUGCAAGAAGACAACGACGUAGCGCUUCUCAGGAUCUUCGAAUGCUUGUUGGAGGUAACCACGCAAAAGAUCCUACAGCUAACCAUUGUGCUCUCUACCGGUCCUAUCACGUUGCUGCAAAUGUUGUCAAUUAUCAGUGCUAUGGGCAGCAUUGCCUGGUGCAUGGCGUCCCACUAUCGGUGUGUCCGAUUUGCGCGGCCCGACAAACGUCACAUUCCGUGGUCCGGUACUAUUGUACAAAUCGCCUGGCAGUUCUCGGUAACGGUCGCCCGAGUCUUGGCGAUUGCAACCGUAGCCAGUGUGUUUCCUCUCUACACUGGGUUGGCGUGCGGCUGCCAUGCCCUCCUUAUGGCUCUCUGGAUAUUUUUCUACGAGCGUCCCUGCUUCUGCGGCGACUCUACUGGCCAGCGUCUGUUUCUAUCCAGCGCCUUCGGCCUGGUGUACAUUUUCAACUACAUUCCGUUGCACGAGGGCCCUACGAGACUGCGAUACAGUUUAUUCUACUCGCUAUGCUUUGCGGAAACCAUUGCCUGUGCAGUGCUGUAUGCUCUGUUCGUGCGCCACCCAACGAUACGCCAGUCGGCGUUCUGCACCGCAGUACUGUGUGGCUUUCCAACAGCAACGUUCAUGAUUGGCAUCAGCCUGAUGUUAUUCUUCUACACAUACUGCCAUCCGAACAUUACCUCCCGGCAACAGGAUACGGAUGUGGUAGCGGAGUGAAGAAUUUAGACAUAGACAAAGCAUAAAGCCAAACAAACAUUAUUCAGAGGCGUUUUUAUCGAAGACUGAUCAACGAUAGAUUUAAAGAAAUUUUGUGGACAUACAACUUUUGCUAUUACGUAGCCAUAGUGUGAGUGCGAUUAUCAAUGCAUAUCGGAGAAUUAAGCCAUUGCAGGUCAAAUGUACACAAAUCUUAAACAGCAUAGAACAAAUAUGAGCUCCGUUUGGCGUUCAACGAAACUUAUGUAGGAUAGGGUAGGAUGUUUGUGGUUUUUUAAUUAUCUGUUAGAACGUGCAGAACCAUACUUUAAUCGUCAGCAGACAAUUUGAUGCGGACCAUGAUGAAGGAUUUGAGCUAACCAGUUCCCAUAGGAUCCGAUUGAUCCAUACUGCCCGAGACGAAUGAUCUGCGGACAAAACACAAUGCGUGUUGUGUCAUUUUUCAUUACUAAAAAACUGUGCAAGGAAAGUAGGCCG